AUGGUACAAUUUUUAAAUAAAUACACGCCCUUAAGAGUACUUGCAGAGGGCUCAUAUGGUAAGGUGAUCUUGGCGAAACGUAUUCAUGAGAAAGAGGGAGAACUCGUCGCUAUCAAAAUUUUCAAUUUCAAAGACGAUGAAAAGAAUCAUCAAUCUAGAUCACGAAGAACUGGCAAUCAGAGAAGCAACAUCUCGGGUACUGAGCUCUCUAAGAUGACUCCAGACUCAUUGAAAAGACAUGGGAUGAUAAGACACUUCCAAAAUGAGGUGGUAUUCUUGGCUGGUAUAUCUCACCCAUACAUAGUAAAGGUCAUUGAAACAGCCAGCUUAGUCCAUAUGGCAAAUCCUUUUAAUUGUCUACAAGGCUAGUAGCAAACAUAGUAAUCUUAAAGUCAAUAAUUCAUUGAAGAGAGAAAAAAUGUAAGGUAAAUUAAAGAAGAACCUAAUUAAACAGGUCUAUACUCAUACUUGGUAAUGGAAUAUGCUGAGCGUGGUAACUUGUUUGACUAUAUUUGUCAAUCCCCAUUAUCAGAAAAUGCCACUUGUUUCUACUUUAGGUAGCUUUUAGAGGCUAUGGUACACUUAAAACGAAGCAAGAUCUGUCACCGAGAUCUUAAGCCUGAAAACUUACUAAUUGAUAAUAACUACGACUUAAAGCUAGCAGACUUUGGAUUUGCUACGCAUGCCUAGGGCAUUAAUGGCAACUUUAUGCACUUUACAUGCAAAGGUACUCUAGGCUAUAUGGCUCCGGAAAUCUUGAACCUCUAAAUUUGUGAAAAUAUUGGCUAUAACGCAGAGCAGACAGACGUUUUUGCAAUGGGAGUCAUUUUAUUUUCUCUUAUCAUGGGUAGACCACCUUUUUGGAAGGCUGAUCCAAUGGAAGACAAGCAUUUCAAAAUUCUAAAUUUAUAGCAGUAUUAGUACUUCUGGAAUGUAUGGGAGACUCAGUACUCAAGUCAAUUAGGAAUAGUAAUUAGAGAAGAAUUAAAGAAUCUAUUUAACUCAUUAGUUUCAUCAGUACCAUGUUACCGUUUGACGCUAAAUGAAAUUUGUAAUCAUCCUUGGGUAAGGGGAUACAAGGUGGACGAAGAGCUAGCUAAAAAGGAAAUGCAUCAUUUAUGGGUGUAAAUGAAACUACGAGAAUAAUAAUAAGGAAAUUUGUCAAGUAAAGCAAAAGACAGUUAGCAAUAGUAUCAAUAAGAUCAGAUUAGGCAAAGUUUUGUAGAGUAAGAAUAGAUUGACCAGAACUCUUAGAUGACGAUUGAUAAUCAAAACUAAUAGCCUCAAAGUAUUGUUUACGACCCAUUAAACCCUAAUGGCUAUGUCUAGAGUGAUCCUAAGAAUAUCUUGAUUGAGUUAGAACAGUAUGCACUUAAGAAUAAUAUGAAGUGCAAGUAUAAAAAGAACUCUCACAAGAUAGAUUUUCUUCUUCCUCUAUCAGAUGGCGUUAAUCUUGUUGAAUUCGAGGUCGUGUUUGAAAAAGGGAAAAAGAAAAAAGACUAAGGCUUGUAUAAACUGAGAUUCAAGUUUGGAGAUGAGAAUGUGGAGAAGCUCACAGCAAAUGAUGUGGAAUUUUUAACAUCUGGAUUUUUGUAAUUAAUCCAAGGGUUUGCAGCAAUGGCUGGAAACAAUCUGUACAGUCUAGAAGAUGAAAUUUUAUGA